UUGCAGCAAUACAGGCAUGGAACAGAAUCAGCCAGACGUACUUGAAGUCGAUCCACAGAUUGUAGAGCUCAUAAAAUGGUUCGAGAAACUUGAUGAUCUGCAUGAAAAUCUUAAUAAAAACUGGAGAUCUCACACGAUCUUGCAAAAAGAAGUGAAGGAAAAUCCUCAACUGGCCAACUAUUGUGCUUUUCAGGAAGAGGAACAUCAGAAUAUGAUUGUCCAGCUUCAGUUAAAUAUUUUAAACCAGGCAAACCAUAUUGUGCCAUUUCUUACUGAUGUGGAGCUGCCAAAGUGGAAGCUCUGGCAGCAAUCGUCCUGCAUUGGAAUUCAACGUCACACCAGUUUGACUCUGCACCUGAAGCAACUGGAGAAACGAUUUACGACUGUCGCUAAGGUGCUGCUACAAAUAUAUAAACAGCUGCUGAAACAGCAAGACUGGAACCAAUUCAUCUUCAAUGCCCCAAUUACAGAAAUGGAGAAUUUUGCACUGUCCUUGUUUAGGAAACUUGUCACAAAAGCUCUGGUUGUUGAGAAACAGCCUGUCAUGCAAAAUUAUUCACAGCGGCCUCUAAUACUGAAGGUUGGGGUACAGUUCAGUGUGACACUGAGGUUCCUGGUAAAUAUACCUGAAAUCUGGCUCAAAGUCAAACCUGUCUUUGACAAGGAUGUUGAAGAAGUGAAAACAGUGCAAGGGUUCCGUCUCUUUGAUUUCAACAAGGAUGUAGUGAAGUCGUUUGAGCCAACAGACAGAGGCUUGAUGGUGGAAUUUGGGCAAAUGUCUCUCAAGGAAACAAAACCAAGAAUUAAAGGAUCUUCUGGGAACCUUCUGACAGUUACUGAAGAGCUGCAUAUAAUUAAGUUCAUGGCACAGUUUCAGUACGCAGGACAAAUGUGCAACAUCGAGGCCAGCUCCCUGCCCGUGGUCGUCAUCUCCAGCACAAGUCAAGUCACCAAUGCCUGGGCCUCCAUCAUGUGGUGGAACAUGGUGUCCACCAGUAAACCUUGGGACCUGUCACUGUUCCUGCAUCCUCCUCCUCUCACCUGGAAGCAGCUGUCACGGGUGCUGAGCUGGCAGUUUUACACCGUUGGCCAAAGAAGGCUCGACAAAAUGCAGCUCUCCAUGUUAAGAGACAAAAUUGUGGGAGCACGAGAAAAUGGAGAAGUACCAGAAGCCAGAGGAACAGCUGGAGCAGAUGUGCAAGGUAAAGUCCAAAGUGGUAAUAGGAGCAUUAGGACCUGUGACUUGGAAACUGGAAGAGUGGCUUUAGCAGAUUCCAGGCACAACAUCUGAGGUCUCAGUCCAGAAGACUGCAGUCCUAAUAACAGCUAAGAUACUGUGCAUAACCCCUAAACUCCCAGUCCUCUGGGAGUGUAUAUAUACUACAUAAAAUCCACUGGGCUGUGGGUAGGAUUUGCAUGAGCCAUCCUGAUUAGAACUUGAACUUCUAAGAUAAAUAACCACAUACUGUCCCGAUCAAAAGUUUAAGACCACUUGAAAAAUGGGGGGGAAAAAUCAUAUUUUGUAUGGUUGGAUCUUCCAAGUAUCUUCCAAGGUGCCAAGUUGUUCUGCGGGCAUUGUGUACUGUAGUGUUGUCCUCUUGAAUACAAUAGAAUAAACCUUUAUUAUCCCACUGAUGAGAAAUUUGGAUGUUACACAGCUCUUAUAGCAAGGGAAAUAUAAAAUAUAAAAGGAAGACACAAAGUGGUCCUAUAUGCAUGAGCAACUGAAGUUCGUAUAUACAGGUAACAAUGUACAGAAAUAUGUAUAAAAAAAUUGCACGGAGAUAUUUUCUUUCUUCCCCUUGUGCAACAUCUCUAAAGUUAGAAAUAUUCUGUCUCAGAAUGACGCUGAAAAAGUAGUUCAUCAUGCAUUUAUUACUUCCAGGCUGGACUACUGCAAUUCGCUAUUAUCAGGAUGUCCAAAAAACUCACUGAAAAGCCUUCAGUUAAUCCAAAAUGCUGC